GUUCUAUGAAGCCCAUACAUCAGAUAUUAUACCUUUUCAUAGUUCCAUCAGAGCAUUUCUUAUUCCAAAACAUUUGAUCUCAAAUUUGUUGUGCUGGAUUUAUUGUCUAUUUUUGUCUAUUUUUUGACACUGGUUUUAACAAGGAAAAUGCGUCUAUUUUUGGCAAUCGUCUUAACUUUGCUGUCAAAAAACUUAUGCCUUUCACUCAUUUUAUACCUCUUACCGUGGAUUAUCUCAACACUGCUUCACUUUCCCCAAAAAAGGAUUACGAAACAAACAGACUGGUGUCUGGAGUUCUGCAGCUAGCUGAGGGCUCGCACAUAAUGAUUGAUGAGACACAUUUACAAGCAGGGACACUCAACUCUGUCGGGGUUGAGAACGUAAGAUUGAUAAAGAAUCUAAUGGAGUUGCAAAA